UUAGGAGUUUUUGAAUCCAAGGUAACGAGGGAGGCCACGAGCAAGGACGUGGAAGGGCAGAGAGUUCUUGGCGUCGCGGAGACGUUUUUGUGCCCCCGAGCACGUUAAUGAGCUCCGGAGGCAAUCAAGCUGCUAAUUGCACGGACAAGUGCUCGUCGGGAGGCAGCCGACGCCAAAAUGGAUCAAAAUGCUCGCUGGCGUGCAUCAGCGGGCCACGCCCGCCGCUGCCCUUACGCCACGGAGCGCCUUAUAAAAGGGUCGUCGCGGCGGCGGCGUCGGGCAACGCCGCCGCAAAGUCCACCAAGAUGAAGUUGUGCACGUAUUCAGGCAGCUCCCAUCUCGCCCUUCUGUCCCUGACCCUCCUGCUGCCGGUCCCCCCCACCGUGACCCCGCACCCCCGGCAGAAGCCGCCCGCCGUGGGUCUGGUCCAGCUGCGUUCGGUGUCCUUCGGGGUCUCCUCCUGCCUGCGGCUUUUUUCUUCCUCGUGGCCCGACGAAGCGGCGGAGCUCCAGAGGCGGGGGUCCCGUCGAGCCCGAGAAGACGGGGGCCCAGGCGGCGCCGGCAGGAGCGGCGGCGAGGCCCUCACCUCCAUCCUGGGCGGCCUCCAGAGCGUCGGUCGAGAGAAAGGCGGAUUUGGAUUCCGCUUUGGCAGGAACUCCCGAACGCGGGGCCGUGGACCCUGAGGCCGCUCAAAAGGAACCGGCGCCGCUGAGCCCCCGAGUGCAUGAAACGCGUUUGUGUUUAUCAAUGUGCGCCUCGCAACAGGGAAGUCCGUCGACGAGAAUUUGUGUUUUGGGCGGUCGUAGUGGUUAGCAUGUGUGCCUCAGUACUUGGGUCACCGUUCAAAUCUCAGCUCCGGACUUUCUGCGUGGAGUUCGGUCCUCCCUGUGUUCCACCAACAUGUCGGCUUCACCGUAGACUCGGCGGCAAAGUUUGUUUGUCCUUGACUGGGCAUACUGUAAUUAUUGUCCAAAAUAAAAGGAAAUUGAAGCCUCUUCAUUUACAAAGGCGCGCUUUCUUCACUUCCUCACCGCACGAGCCCAUUUCUCUGGAUCGUCCACCCUCGCUAUCGCUUCCCUCUCAUUUGCGCAGAUGUAUUCACUUUUUACGUUGGCUAAUUCUCAUGCCAUGGUCCCUCCGCUUCCCAAUGUCAUCUGCGAGAACAUUGCAGUCCACGGUCUAAGCUCUUUUGUCAUUGCAAAGAGGACACCGGCCUCCACCUUCAAAUCCUCCGGCACAGCUGUACGGUUCUAACAUUUUUCCCGCCGCUCCACUAGCAAAGUUCCUCCCUGGGUACUCUUUCUUCUGCUUUUUUUCUAGCUGCACAAAGACACAAUGACGCUCCUUUUGCCCAUCGCUGUACUCCUUCCUGACCCAUCUCACCGGGCAAAUAAUGCAUAUGCGGCACUCUAUCUAGGCACGGAACCGUACGGUUGCUCACAAAUACUUCCUUCUGCCCCGAGUCGAGCCUUCGCUCCUCUUUCCCAUAACUCUUUCUUUGACUUCAUUUGCACAGCUCCGCGAAUGGCUUCUGUCCUUCAAAUGGGCACCAGAACACUUUUCCUCAUUUCCUCGGGCCACCAGAAUUCUGCCGAACAAGCUGGUCAUAAACUCCACCGCGACCUCUUCUCGAUGC